AUGUCGAAUCCGAAUUACAACGCCAUGCAGAGCUCUGGCUCCAACGUACCUCCGCCCAAGCGCUAUGAUGGACGCGACGGAGGUCCUGUCUAUGAUGCCAGCCAUGGUGGUCACUAUGGUAGGUGCGCCAGCUCCUACGUAUGUCCAAGGCUGUGCGCGACACUACAACCAGUCUGGCUGACACCAACUACAGNNAUCGCAUCACAGGGUAGCGCCCCUCCCCCAGAGACAUUUACCGGACAAUGGUCGAACGUGAGUCGGGACAUACGACACUUCCAUGAGACUUGCACUGACAUCCUUGGUUCUACAGNNGUAUCCCAAGGACUUUCCGGCAACUACAGAGACAUCCUGAACACAUACUGGCAGAACCAAGUCACCAAGCUCGAGACGGACGAACAUGACUACAAGAUCCACCAACUACCACUGGCUCGUAUCAAGAAAGUCAUGAAGGCCGAUCCCGAAGUCAAGAUGAUCUCAGCCGAAGCACCCAUCCUGUUCGCCAAGGGCUGCGACAUAUUCAUCACCGAGCUUACUAUGCGCGCAUGGAUCCACGCAGAGGAGAACAAGAGACGCACCUUGCAACGUAGUGACAUUGCAAGCGCCCUGGCCAAGAGCGACAUGUUUGACUUCCUCAUCGACAUUGUGCCUCGCGAAGAUGCCACCCCUCAACACAAACGCAGACAAGACUUCCCACCGGGCAGCUUCCCAGUAUCGGACGCGCAGAUAGCGACUGCUGGACCUUCGAUGCAGGCUCCGCCCGCGGCAGCACAGCUUCAAAGCCAGGAACAGGGACAGCAGCACAUGCAGCCGACAGACUAUGGUGCCAUGGGCCAGCACGUGGCACAAGAGCCGUACCAGACGCAGCAGGGCAUGUACCCGCCUCCUGCACCCUCGGCCGGCUAUGCGCAGCCACACAGCUUUGACCCUAACAUGUAUGCUGGUGGCUACAACAUUAUGCAACAAACGCACCAUUAUCGUGCACCCGAAGACGAUGCCGAGGGCGAGAGGGACCAGUACGAA